AUGUCUAUCCCGUAUCGAUCCUUCGGACCUGUCACGCGCCCAAUCCAAUUCACCCACCGCAGCAACGCUUCCCAACUUAAACCUCUCAGCAGCGACGUCUACUACGCCGGCAUGUGCGCGGUCUCUUCGCAAACUCGGUUGACUGGCGGGCCAGAAGACGCAGGAGACCUUGCGAAUCAGUACAUCCGCUCCCACAACGACCACUUCGAGCCCGAGGCUCGGCUACGAGCCAUUUUCGUGAGCACGCCAUUCAUGCUCGCUGGACUUGUCGGCUUGGGUUUUGCCCUCGAGGAAGGCUUCCACUACAUGAUCACCAGCCUUUUCUGGGGGGCUGUAUGUCUUCAAGUCCACGGCAUCGCAAGAUAUGGCAUUCACCCCCACUCAAACAUGGAUUUGCAUUCACGGUUGUGUCGCGUCUUCCAAGUCUUUUAG